CGCUGUCAACAGCGGGCAGCGCGGGCGCGGCGGCCGCAACGGGAGUUGGCGGGCUGUUUCCGCCUCCCGGCCGCGCCGCCCUCCGUCCUUUCUUCUCCGCUCGGCGGUAUCGCCGGGCUGAGCGGUUCUUCCUUAGUGAGAGCUCCUGGAGGCGGCCGGUCCCGAGCUCAGCAGUUGCAGAAAAUAGUGAAUGAGAUGAGCACACAAACUGUGACAUUUGCAGUGACUGUGUGAAUACCAAGUGUGGAGCACAGAAAUGGAAGCUGGCAUGGAGGAAAUCCCAGUUAAAGUUGCAGUAAGGAUCCGACCUCUCCUUUCCAAGGAAGUACUUCAUAAUCACCAAGUGUGUGUGAGAUUAGUUCCAAAUACACAACAAAUUAUCAUUGGAAAAGACCGUGCCUUCACUUUUGAUUAUGUAUUUGGCAAAAACUCAACCCAAGGAGAAGUUUAUACAGUUUGCAUUAAGCCUCUUCUACUGUCUUUAACGGAGGGAUACAAUGCUACAGUAUUUGCAUAUGGACAGACAGGCUCUGGGAAAACUUACACCAUUGGAGGUGGUCACAUUGCCUCAAUUGUGGAGGAUGAAAAGGGCAUAAUCCCACGGGCUAUUCAGGAAUUAUUUCAGCAUAUUUCUGAAAACCAUAACAUUGACUUCCGUGUGAAAGUAUCUUAUAUAGAGGUCUACAAGGAAGAACUUCGUGAUUUAUUGGAGUUGGAGACCUCUGUGAAAGAUUUGCAUAUCCGAGAAGAUGAAAAGGGGAAUACAGUAAUUGUUGGUGCUAAGGAAUUCCAAGUAGAAUGUGCCGAUGAAGUAAUGAGCCUGUUGGAAAGUGGCAAUGCAGCUCGUCACACAGGCACAACACAAAUGAAUGAGCACUCUAGUCGAUCUCACGCCAUUUUUACCAUCAGUAUUUGUCAGAAACAAUCUGCAGAGUCUCAGAAAUGUACUGAUGUAUCGCAGAAUCCAUCUUGGAAGUCGGUCAGAAUGAUUGCUUCGAAGUUCCAUUUUGUGGAUUUGGCAGGAUCAGAGAGAGUGACAAAGACUGGAAAUACUGGUGAACGGUUCAAAGAAUCAGUUCAGAUCAAUAGUGGUUUGCUGGCCUUGGGAAAUGUCAUCAGUGCUCUUGGAGACCCAAAAAGGAAAAGUAUGCACAUUCCAUACAGGGAUGCUAAAAUCACUCGUAUUCUGAAAGACUCCCUAGGAGGAAAUGCCAAGACAGUCAUGAUAACAUGUAUAAGUCCAUCCUCAUCAGACUUUGAUGAAUCUUUAAAUUCACUCAAAUAUGCCAACAGAGCCAAAAACAUCAGAAACAAACCAGUUGUAAACUACAACCCUGAUCAAGACCGGAUUGAUGAAAUGGAACUUGAAAUCAGAUUGCUCCGAGAAGCUUUGCAGAACCAGCAAGUCAGUAAUCAGUGUUCACAUGACUUAAAUCAAGAAAGAAUUCGAAUCAGUUCGCUAGAAGAGCAGCUCACCCAGCUUCAAGUUCAGUGCUUCAGUUAUAAAAACUGCAUAGAUGAAGCCUUUCCAUUCCUGGUUGACUUGAAUGAUGAUGUUAGCUUAAAAAAAAGUCAGCGGGACAGGUUGCAGAGUUGGAUCACCAUGGUGCAAGAAGUAAGGAAAGAAGCUCUCAGCAUGCAGCAAGCUGGCACCAGGACUGGGACCAGCCACGAGCCUCAUCAUAUCACAGUCCUUCAGCUGAAGCGGGAACUCAAGAAAUGCCAGCAGGCCUUAGUCAUGGAUGAAGAAGUAUUUAGCCAGAAGGAUCAUGAACUAAUGAUACUACAGAAUCAGAUAAAGGCAUUGAUACAGGAAAAUGAAGAACACCUGGGAUCCUUAAAGAUGGCUGUAGAAACACAAAGAUUACAGAAUGAGAAAAUGGUGGAACAACAGAUCCUUAUUGACCAGCUAAAAGAAAAACUGGAGAAGUUUACAGUUGUGAAAACGCUGGACGUCUCAAGUGCUUGUGAAGAUGAGCCUGCUGUUGUGGCAUCUGCAAGGAGGCCGUACAGCGUCCCACUUACAAAGAGUCUGCUGCACUCACUUCACCCACCUUCAGGGUCAGAGAGCCGAAAGGUAUAUAGCAGUCCCCCUGCCUUCUCCCUGGCUCGGAUGAUGGCGGGAUUCCGUGCUCGCAGCCAGAUGAUACUGAGCUGCAUAGAAGAUCAAGAUGAAGUCCUUCGCUGCCACCUCUCUGAUGAGAGUGAUGGAGAGGAAGAAAAUACACAUAGUAAAAAGAAAAGCGUGUUUAAGCAUUCAAUAAACCGCACAUGGACACGAAAACAAGCUUCUAUGUGCUUUCCCUUUGAGCUAAUUGACAUGAAACGCCAAGUAGAAAAUUCCAGUUUGUCCAACAGAUCUGCGCUACAGAAUGACACACCCACAGGUAAAGAGAUUGACAGCCUCCAGAAAAGUCAUGUUUUUAACAUGCAGAAGUUAAAGAAUUCAGAGUUAAGACUCACUGAGGCCCAGCAGAAAAUCAGAGAACUUGCACUUAAUAUCAAAAUGAAGGAGGAACUUAUUAAGGAAUUGGUAAGAACAGGUAAGGAUGCACAGUCUGUAAGCAGGCAAUAUACUCUGAAGAUAUCUGAGCUGGAGCAAGAAUCUGAGCAGGCCAAAAUGGAACUGGCUGAAACACAAAAGCAGCUUCAAGAGCUGGAGAGUAAGGAGAUGAGAGAUAUUCAAGAGAAAGCCAGGUUACAAAAAGAGUUCCGGAAGAAGAUGGAUGCAGCUAAGUUGAAAGUGCAGGCCUUACAGAAAAAGAAACAAGACUCUAAGAAACUGGCUUCAUUAUCUAACCAAAGUGAAAAACGAGCAACAGAACUUGAGCAGAACAUCGUUCAGAUGAAGCAUCAGCAGACCUUGCUAGAGAAAAGACUGCAUGAGGAGAAUGAAAAAAAGAAGCAACUAGAAACAGAGAUUCAGCGAGACCAGCAACAAAUUAAAGAACUGCAGCUUAAGAUGGAGCAACAACAGAAGAUUCUUACACUUAAAGAUAAAGAGAUUGCUGCAUUUAAAAAGAAUAACAAUUCUGCAGGAGCUUCAGAGAACUCAGAGAAAUUAGAAGAGCAAAAGAAAUGGCUGGAUGAAGAAAUGGAAAGAAUUCUCCAACAGCACAGACAAUUAGCAGAACUAGAAGAAGAUUUAAAGAAAAGAGAAGCCAUUGUAGCAAAAAAAGAAGCACUAUUGCAAGAGAAAAGCCACCUAGAAAUCAGGAAACUGAGAUCUAGCCAGGCUUUAAAUAAAGAUAGCAUGAAAUUGUCUUCUCGCUUAAGUAUGCUGGACCAGGAAUUGUGUGAUAAAAGUAUGCAGCUUCAGGGCAGCACUACUGAAGGCAGGACAGACAUUCUGGAAAAAAUCCAGGUUCUUCAGAAGGAAAGAGAUCAGCUGCUCACAAGAAGAAAUAGUGUGGAUGAGAAAUUGAAAGAGGGUAAAGUGUUGUCAGCUGAAGAGGAACAUAUCCUUUUCCAAUUAGAAGAAGGAAUUGAAGCCCUGGAGGCUGCUAUUGAUUACAAGAAUGAAAGUAUUCAGAGUCGACAGCACUUGCUUAGAUCUUCACAAAUCCUUUCACAGAGUGAGGAUAACAUAAUAGGAAAACUAGUUUCCUUGUCUGCUGCUGAACUUAGAGCUAUCCUCUUCAGAUAUUUUAAUAAGAUUGUUGGCCUGCGUGAGACUGAACGUAAGUUACAAAUGCAGACUGAAGAACAAGAAAUGAAGGUCAUAGAAAAGGAGAACAUAAUACGUGAAUUAGAAUCUGCACUUGAACACAUCAAGUUGCAGUGUGAUAGACAGCUGACCCUACAACACAAAGAACAUGAGAAAAAACUACAAUUGAUACUGCAUCAUUUCAGAGAACAAGAUGGAGAAGGUAUUGCAGAAACCUUAAGAGAGUAUGAAGUGAAAGUCCAGCAACUGGAAAAGGAGUUAUUUUUCUACAAGAAAACCAGCAGAGAGCUGAAGAAGAAAUUGAAAAGCUUCCUUGGAGAGUCAUCUCACCAACUGCUCGCACCCUCUAAAUAUAACAAUGCUGGUGACAAGGCAUCCAGUCAAGAUGAAGCAGAAGUUGCAUCUGAAGAAUUCAAGUUGAAAACCCAUAGUCAAGCAGGAAAAAUAAAAGAAGCAGAGAGAACAAAUGUUUUAAGAGCACGGCAGAAUUCGUACAAGCUUGGAGAAGACGUAUCAGAAUUUGGAUGCAACAAAGAAUGCUUGUCAAGCAUUGCUGAUGACAGACUAGGAGAAGAGGAAACUCAGCCUUCGAAGCCUCAUCCUCUUCUGCCUUCGGUCAUCCAGAGAAGAGAGAUUGUAACACAGUUUCAAGGAGUAACCCCUGUAAAACUAUCUCGGAGAGAGUUACGUCACAUCCCUCCCUCUGAAUUAUCUUUGAGGCGUUCAAGCCUUGGGGCUGGUGUCAGUUUUAUUGCUCCAGAUUCCAUUGAAAUGGACAAAAAGUAGUAUCAUUAAGACGUAUUUCUCUUUAUUGCAUUUUUAGUGUCUGUUGCUUCUGAAGCAAUGUUGCUAGAUUUCCUUGUUGAUGGUCUUGUUACAUAGUAGCCGCAGAUAAACCAGUAAGUCUGUUUUGGUUCUUCUGGCUAGUAGGUAUAUGUGAUGUUUACACAGUUUCAGUGAAUAUUAGAUUUUGACUAACAUGGUAUCUAUGGGCAUAUCAUUCAAAGUCCUUUUAACACUGUAGAAAUUACAUGAUUUUAGUUUUUUUCUCACCGAUUUGGAAAAUAAAACAACCCAGUUUUUCAAAAACUGCGCUGUGAAGUGCACUGUACUGGUGUAAUUUAGGUUUCCUAGAGCAACGUUCUACUCUCUUGUGCCAGAAACAAUAGUGAAUUACUUAAUUUAUUUCAAGAUAUAGCUAGAAGAUACCGUUUCCAGAAUCUUGCCCAGUAUUGAUAAUGACUGGCUUCUUUAAGCUUUUUUCAUGGACACAUUUCAUGCAAAACCAUGCCUGAGAUCAAAAUUGAUGCCUCAAGAUAAAUUUGUUAUUUGAAUGUGAUUUUAAAAAAAUGAUAUUUAAAAGUCUUAUUAUUUAAAAGUCUUAUUGUAUGAGAUAAAAGUUUUACUAUCCCUCCUGUCCCUCUCCCCUCCUACCAAAAAUAAUUCUUAUUUGCAAAAUAGUUGUUAUGGCCUAUUUGUGAAAUUAAGAUAACUGCUUACUUCAUAUUACAGCUGUUUGUUGUGGCUUUUUAACAAUUGAAUUUUGGGAACCUCAAUAUGUGACAUUUUCUUGUGUACUACUAGAGUAGGGAAAAAAAAAAAAAAAAGAAACAAAAAGAAAACGAAAUUCAUCAUCUUCUAGGGAAGCUAGAUUGACAAAUACAGUAUUUUCUUUGUCCUCGCUAUUUGUGUCCUUCCAUUUAGAACACAGAUCUUUGGAUUUAUCUGCUUCAGAGAAAGGACUAAACAGGUCCAUUAGUUUGUUGUUGGUAGGCGGCUUAGGAAUCAAAGCAAAUCUUUUUUGUAUGUGUACUGUGCUCACUGAGAAGUAUAUGCUUAACAGCUGCACAGACUUGAAUGCAGACAACAGAAGGACCACAAUUAAAUGAAUUUGACUCUUCUAUCCAUAACUUUCUCCGGCAUAAAAAGAGGAACUUCUGAAAAUAAAAUAGAUUUUAUUUCAGCAGUGGACUUCAAGUGGUCAUGUUUGAAAUGUGGGUUAUUAGACACAUUUAGCAGAAUAAUUUUUACUCUGCUGUUGUCUGGGCAUGUUGUUGUGUAUAGCAGAUGUGUCUAUAGAUAAGAAAGAACUGCAUUUUUACAUGCUGCAAGCAAAGAACAAUUUUGUCUGUAUCACAAAGAUAUUAACAGCAUGAUAAAUGGACCUAUUGUCUUGUGGCACAUUUAAGAUUUUAUGAGUAGACUGCAAAACGUUAUAUUGUAAUCAGUUAGAUAAACCAUUUAACAAGUCAAAUGAUUGCAUCAUUCACAGUUAGCAUUAUACUCUCUUGUUCAGCUCAAUUGUGAGAUAAAGACUGAGGUCUUUUUUUGUUUGAUUGUUUUUACUUUCAUGGAAGUAACAACAGUCUUACUAAUGUUAAAUAUUAGUGUAUAUUUCACUCCAUGUUUGUAGACAAAAAGCAAUAAACAAACAAGUAAAUACUGUUUAAAAUGCAUACUUAUUUACUGCAUCUCCGCAUUAAUUGAAAGAAUUACUGUGAAAGCAUUUCUGCUUAGGGAUAAGUCUGCACAUUAUUGUAUAUCUCACACUAUUCUACAAAUAAAUAUUAUUUUGUUUUGUUUUUAAGUUUCCAGAAAUGAAAAGCCUGUUCUUGAUGAACAUAAAAUAAGCAGAGGUAAAUUUAAGAAAGUACAGUUCGAUCAGUAGUAGAUGUCUACUGAUGCUGUAGAGCAAAAGGUCUA